ACCUUCCCAAAUAGCAGAAACCUAGAAACAUUCAGAAGAUGGUGACCUCCAAGCAAGAUCACGCCAGAGGAGGAGAGAGGCCAUGAGGUAUCUGGCCAACUGACCAAGAUCCAAGGGAGUGAAGCUUACAGGGGGAGCCACCUGCAAGCUGCAAAUGGCCACCAUCAAGUAAAUCUGCAGCAGCCAGCUCCUGGCCAGCAAGGGACUCCGCACUUCCAUCUCAACCAUAGAAAAACCGCUCAAAUGGGGAGGUUCGGUCCUGUUGAGAACGUGCUCCGUGCUACUAUAAACCUCGAAAAUGCUCGGUAAAUAUGCUGUUGCACCCGACCAACGGACAUGCAGUUGCGAGCGGUGUGCAGGCGUGCGAGUGCAGUUGGGCCCGACCGACGGGCAUGCAACUACUCCCUCCGUUCUGAAUUACUUGUCAUAGGUGCCCAAGUCAAGACAGGAAACAGUACUAUGGAACCAACGAAAACGCCAAGCUUGUGGACAAAGAUAUGGAAUGAGCGGGACGUUCAGAUAAUGGUACUCAUCAGCAUCUUGCUGCAACUCUUCUUGCUAUCGGCCGGUUUCUUCCGACGGCACUGCAGAGUCAGCUGCCUGAAGUUCUUGUUGGUGUGGUUGGUUUAUUUGGCGUCAUACGCUGUUGCCGUCUCUGCUAUUGGCCUGUUCUCCCAGUACGAGGACAAGUACAAACUAAGAAACCUCGAGUCAGUUGAGCAUCUUCACGCCCUGACGUUGCCCUUCCUCUGGCCACCUUUUCUCCUUCUUCACCUCGGAGGCCCAGACAAUAUCACCGCGUUAUCCAUCGAGGACAACAAUUUAUGGACCAGGCAGUUCAUCAACCUCACAUUCCAACUCGGUCUAGCUCUGUACGUGUUUUGGAAAUCAUUCGACUUGCUUGACUCGCAGUUGCUAGAAGUAGCCGUACCCCUGUUUGUUGCUGGGAUAAUCAAGUACUGGGAGAGGAUAUGGGCGCUCAAGAGAGGAAGCCGGGACAGCCUCGAUUGCCGCAUGAAGAAUGAAGAUCCAAAUUCCCCAGCACCAGCUCAAGCUCAAUCUGGUGAUGUCGUGGCAUCUUGUGCUCUUAACUUGGGGCUUAGCGGCAGAGGACUGCUUGUUGGACGGACACUGUUACAGCUGGGAAGUAGGGCUGAGAUUGAGGUGCUGAGUAUUUUUCCAGCCACCGAGUCAACAAAAAGGAAGCUCAAGAUCAUACUGACGGAGCUCGGCAUGAUAUACGAUAUGCUAUACACCAAAACCAUGGUACUGCAUAGCCGCACCGGCAUCAUGCUCCGGUGCAUUGCCCUGGUAGCCAUAGUGGUGGCGUAUGUGCUAUUAGUGGGAAAUCAACAUAUGAAUGACCAAAAAGGAAGAAAUCUUGCCCUCACCUAUCAGUUGUUCUUAGUGUCCAUCUAUAUGGAAGUUCUUUCUAUCUUGAUGGUGAUAGCAUCUCCCUGGACAAGGGCACGCUUCAACCUGGGAACAUUUUUCAGUUGGCUGUCCCACAUAUUAUGUUGUCAUACUCAACUCAUAUUAUGGUGUCUUACUCAAUCAAUGUCAAAUACGUACAUGGGUCAAUUCAACCUUGCAGACUAUUCCAUGUCCAAGAAAUCCAUGUCAAAGUUCAUCUCCGAGGUCUACGAAGCAUUGGGUUUGGAGAAGCACUGGAGAAACUUUUGGCAUAUCAAGCACGUGGAGGACAUGUCGAUCAUCAUCUAUACCUUGGGAUUGCUCGGCACUGACCCAAAUCAUUCUGAGGGGAGAUCCCGGCAGUUAAAUCUUGGCCUGGAGCUGAAAGAUUUGCUAAAUCUACCCUUUGAGCAUACUAUUUUCCGUCUACAUAUAUGGACAGAGUUGCAUUUAAGCACAUACUCAUUGGGAGGGGAUGGCGUUGUUGGCGAGAUGUCAUUACUUGUGGCAGAAUGCAGGAAGCUAUCAAAUUACCUCAUGUACCUUAUGUCAGUUUGCCCUUCAAUGUUGCCGGUAAGCAGUGUUGCUCGAGAUUUUGAGCCCCUCUUCUCGGAAUGGGUCAGAGACAAUCAUAACAACUUGACAAAGGCAGAAGUGUUAGACAAAUAUGCAAAUACUGUACUGGUAGGCAGCUCUCCCUUCAGAGACACACCUGCUUCCGUGGAAACCCUCAAGGAUUUGAAGGAGGUGUGGGCGAGGCUGCUCAUCUAUGCAGCCGGUAAGUGCCCCUUUGAGGAGCAUGCGCGGCAACUCGGCAACGGAGGAGUGGAGCUUCUCACCGUGAUUGGGUACCUCAUGAUGCACCAGCAGCUUGGCGAUGUGGGAGAGAAGGUCGAGCUCUCACCGUCCGGUUUUCUUCCUGUACCACCACAACCAGCGUCCUUAACAGGUCAUAUGAGAGUCAGGCCGAGCGUCCACUUGCCAGUGCCAGCAUCACUCCAGCUCCAGCCGCUCUACGCCUUUGAAUUCGUCUACGAUGAUCACCGGUUGCCGACGUCCGUCAAGCCCCUCUCGUUGUCAUUAGUUGGGCCGGGGGAGCCUGACAACCCUGAACCAAGUGCGGCAACCCAAGUUACCCCGGACCAGAGUACAUCGCAACCGAGUACCUCUGGUGGAACAAAUGUGGCACUGGAGAUAGAGGAAUUAGCUGGUGGGCACCAAUAGGCAGAUGGCCAGUCCAUCUCUCUCUUCCUGGGGUCCGAGUUCAACCAUCACAGGAGGGACAAAUCCCAAUGGCUUCAUCGUCAUCCAUAUCCAUAUCAGAAGCAGCUGUGUCUCUUCACCCUCUCGGGCAGUUGAUUACCACGGCGUGUAUGCACAAACUUUUCUGCUUGAUUACUUCAAUUAUUAUUAUUACAUCUGCCUGUAAUGCGCUAUUCGAUGAACUUUGUGUUUGUGUAAGCUGCGACUGUGUCAGCUCAGCUAGCGUGAUUUGUAUCUUCUUUUCUAAAACGAAAGCGUGGAUGUAUUUUAUUGAGCAAACGACUAUGUAUGCAUUGGCUUGUUUUGACUC